CAUGUGUACCUGUCCAAGCCCCGCCCACUGCAGUCCAGAUCAGCUGCAGAUCAGAUCCGCCAGAGAAACGACGCACGGUCCUGCAGUCUUGUGGACUGUGGACUGGAUUUUCACGAGUCCGUCGCGGUCACCGACCAGGGUCCAGGAUGCUGGGAGCAGCUGUUUUAGUGUCCCUCAGGACCUUCAGGAUGUUGCUGUUGCUUUGCACCAACAGUCUGAUACUGAAGUCCUCUGGAGAUGGCUCCAUUUCUUCCUUUCAGCCAAUCACAGCCCUGAUGGGUGAUGAUGUCAUUCUGCCCUGUGGUCUUAAAAAUCCCACUGAUGUCAGUUCUAAGACGGUGGUGUGGACCAAACCCAGUCUGGACCCACUGUUCAUCCAUGUUUAUCAAAGUGGACGGCUGGUCCAUCAGGUUCAGCAUCCAUCUUAUCGGUACCGCACGACUCUGUUUGAGGACCAGCUGCUGAAUGGAAACGUCUCCCUGAAACUCUUGAGAGUGAAGAUCUCUGAUGCAGGAACAUACGUUUGUUCCAUUCAGUUGAUGGAAAUGAAAGCUUCUGUCCUACUCAUUGUUGGUGCUGCCUCCUCACCUGUCAUUGAUUUAGCAAACUUUGAUGGAGACGAUGGACGUUGGGUGUUACGCUGUCAGUCCUCAGGCUGGCGUCCACAGCCUGAGCUGUCCUGGCUGGACUCUGAGGGACACGUCCUCCCUGCUGGACCCACACAGACACUCAGAGGUCCUGGUGACCUCUAUAGUGUCAACAGCACAGCGACUGUGGGCAAGAAAAACGGCAACAGGUUCACCUGCAGAGUCCAACAGAAGCACAUCAACCAAAUGAGAGAGACGCACGUCCAACUCCAAGCUCAUCCCAACACCUCAUCUGAUUACACUUGGCUGUGGGUCCUCUGUGCUGUUUCUGCUGUUCUUAUUCUACUCAUCAUUUGCGUUGCCAUCAAGAUGAUAAUUAAUUACUACACCAGGAGAGACCAGAGACCAGAGACCAGAGACCUGGACCGGAAGACCGAGACAGAAAAAUGUCAGCGUUUCCUUUUCAGUGAGUGAGAGUGAUGAAAAUGUGAGUUACAUGCAGACCAUCAGAGUUUGAAGCGUUCACCUGUAUAAGCUAAGAUAUCAGACGUAUGAAUAUUGCUUGAUUGCUAACAUUUCAUCUGGUCGUUGCCAGUGUUGUUGGGCUUCAGUUUCACAUCAACUUUCAUGUUGUUUUUGUUGCAAUAAUUGGGAUCAUCACCCAAAGGAGAACAGUUCUGUACAGUAGUUUGUUUUACCUGGAAUCGAGUUAAGUUCAGUCCUCAACCCACCAUCAUGUGACUAAAUUAAGUUGAGGUUUUGGACGGACACCACAGUGUGAUGCUGACUUGAUGUUGACACACAUGCACCUUAAUGUAUAUUGCCUACUUUUACAUUAUAUAUUCAUAAUUUAUAUUCUACGUUUACUUUUCUCCUCUAAGACUGUCAUUGUAAAGGGAAACCCGUUUCCUUACUGCAUAUGACAAUAAAGCUUUGAAUGUUGAA